UUCACAAAUGUAACCAGAAAAAUACUCUUGAUCACACGUGUGUUAUACCUCACGCCACAAAGAUGGUUUUAUUAAACACAACUAAUUCUAUAGUCUUGCACUACAAUGCAAUACCCCUACGUAUUUCUGUUGUGACUUCUACCGCGUUACUUGAUUGACGGUUCCAUAUUUUCAGUAGGUUUUUUUUUCUGUUGCUGGAGAAAGGAGAAAAAACGGGGAUAAUUUUGUGAGGGAGAGUGCGCGGUGGAAAAUAUCGACGGGGCAGAGAAGUGAAAGGCAGGGAAAUAAUACUUUGAAGCAAAGGAGGAAAAACAAGUGGAAGACAAAACUACAGCUCCGACCUUCUGGAGUAGAAGUUGUGUUAUUACCACGUUGUAAUUUUGCAUUUGUAUCUCCAUCACAUUUUUGUUGCUUCCAAGGACACGGUGGGGUAUCGCCAUGACGACUGAGAUGCAGGAGAUCGCCAUCACGGAGGAGAAGCCUCUGCUGACGGGUCAGGGGCAGGCCGACCCUGCCAAGGACGCAGCAGAAAUUGCUGCAAGGAUAUUGCUGGACCAAGGGCAGGAGCACAGCAUUGAGACGCCCCAUGGGGUUCUGCACGCCACUCUCCACGGCACAGGAAACACACGCAGGCCAGCCAUCCUCACCUUCCACGACGUCGGACUGGAGAGCAAGAGCUGCUUCUCCACCCUCUUCAAGUUUGAGGAGAUGCAGGAGAUUGUGAAGAACUUCACCGUGGUCCACCUGGAUGCUCCAGGGCAGGAGGAGGGGGCGGCCGUCUACCCCAACGGGUACCAGUACCCUCCCAUGGAGCUACUAGCUGAGAUGAUUCCCGCUGUGCUGCAGUACUUCAACUUUCGUACUGUAAUUGGUGUGGGAGUGGGAGCAGGAGCGUACGUCCUCUCCAAAUUCACAUUGAGCAAUCCUGAGUUAGUGGAGGGCUUGGUGCUGGUCAACAUCGAUGCCAACUCCCGAGGCUGGAUGGACUGGGCAGCACAGAAGCUCACCACACUGACGUCUUCCGUCACCGAACAGAUCCUGAGUCACCUCUUCAGUCAGGAGGAAAUGUCCGCCAACACAGAGCUGCUGCAGUCUCACAGAGAGCGGAUGAAUAAAGCGCCAAACCUGGCCAACAUUGACCUGUUCUGGAAGAGCUACAACAGUCGCAGAGAUCUGAACAUCGAUCGCAACAGCACAUUCAAAUGUCCCGUCAUGCUUGUGGUAGGGGACCAGGCCCCAUAUGAAGAUGCUGCCGUGGAGUGCAACAGCAAAAUGGACCCAACAACGACCUCUUUCCUGAAGAUGGCAGAUGCAGGUGGCAUGCCACAGCUUACUCAGCCUGCAAAGUUGACUGAGGCAUUCAAGUACUUCAUCCAGGGAAUGGGCUACAUGGCAUCGUCCUGCAUGACGCGCCUGUCACGGUCUCGCACCACCUCCCUGUCUUCCUCCUACUCCAUGGAGGGCUCGCGCUCGCGCUCACGCACCCUCUCCCAGGGCUCCCAGGGCGGGCAGCUGCCACCCAGCCCCUCCCACACCAUGGAGGUGUCCUGUUGAAGAGAAAGAGAGAGAGAGAGAGAGAGAGAGAGAGAGAGAGAGAGAGAGAGAGAGAGAGAGAGAAAGAGAGAGAGAGCAUGACGAGAGAGGGGAAAGAACGAUAGAUGGAGAGAGAGAUUGAAAAAGAGGAGUGGAGACGGACGAAUGGAGGGAGAAACGAAUGGCGAGAAAGGGAAACAGAUACAAACUAGAGGUUGGACAAGGUUGACGGAAUGACAAAAAAAAGACGGAUGACAAAAUCCACCAUUGGCAUUCUCCAUUAGUACAGCCAUGCAGAAAAAGAUGGUGAUGAAGACGGAACAGCUUGGUUCAAUGGAGAGAGAGAGAGAGAGAGAGAGAGAGAGAGAGAGAGAGAGAGAGAGAAAGAGAGAGAGAGAGGUGAGUGGAGGGUCUUUCUCUGGUGUCUCUGGUUGAAACAGAAGCAGAAUCAAUAAGAAGACAAUAAGGCGAUAAAGCAAUCACGAUGAUGGAAUGAUGAGGAAGGAGAAGAACAAAUUGAAUAAACAAAAUGAAUUUCUCCUUUUCCGCUGCCUCAUCACCACAUCCUGUGCCAGCAAGGUUAGAGAAGUAAAGAACCAAGGAAAGAGGGUGCGAGACGAAGGGGAGGAGUGAAUUCAUGAGAUGCAUAGCUGAAAGGAGAAAGACCAAUAGGGAAAGAUGAAGGAGUGAAAGAGAAAGUUUCUAAUCUCCCUCCUCCUCUCUCAUUUCUUCCUCUCCCUUUCUCUUCCUUCGCUCUGUGUGCUGGUGACUGGUGGUAGAACCCUUUAAACGUGUGGAGAGUGACUGGAUUAUGUAGAGUGAAUUAUGUGUAGUGCUAAUCUACAAGUAGUGCAGAGUAAUAAUCAGAAUAAUAAAUAUUAAUAAUAAAUAUGAGGAUAUUAAUGAUAUUAAUAAUGUUGACGAUAAUAACGUAAUUGUAAAUCACGAAAAAAAUAACCGCAAUGCUCCUAAUUACGUGUUUAAACUUUUUACAGCAUCUGAAAUGGCUAGAAAAUGAGAAAAAAAAAAAUAGAGCAUAGAUAUACAUAUAGUGUGUCUUCUUUUUUCAUUUUCUGUCUUAUAUGUGUGAUAUUUUUCUGGCUUCCUUUUUUUCUAAUUUUGUCCUCAUGCUUUCUUAUUCUGUUUGUUUUUCUGACGUGGGGGCAGAGGAGAACAGCCAAUCAACCAAAGCCGAGUUGUCAUGUGACCCAGAUCACAUGGCACCAUUGGUGUUUUGGAAUUGGAGCAUCUUUUCUUCCUACUUCUCCUUUCACGUUGUCAAUGGCAACAAUUUGUCUUCCAUUUGCCCCAUUUGAAAAUUACUGUAAUUCUGGGUUUCCCUGUUUGAGGUUCAUGUGGGGACAAAGCAUUUGAGGGAGGGAUUUUUGUUUGGCCUGGUUUGAAUCGCAUGCUUGCUUCUGAAUGAGGAUAAAACUUUCUUUUUAAUGUGUUAUUUGAUUUUUAUUGUCGUUGGGUUAUAUGUUUUCUAACUGAUUGACUUUGUGUGUCCAGGGGAUGUUGUGGAGUCUCAAAAUGAAUAGGAAUUGGACUCAAGAAGGGAACCUAGAAAAAGUCAAAUGUCCUUGGGUUGUGCUCCACUUUGUGUGGAUGCACAAGGCCAGUUGCACAGACAUCAGUGCUUCCGCCACUGCUGCUGCCGCUAUUAAUGCUGCAAUCCCCAUUCUUACCAGUAGGGGUCACUGUGUGAGCUACUCAAUCCCUACUACCAAGCAGUCCUAAUUGUGCAGUCCAGUGCAGUUUAGUUUGCAGCAAAAACCAACCCCCUACCUCUCCUGGCAAACCAAGCUAGCCUGCUCAUGUUUGUUUGUUGAAGAGUGCUGACAUGUUGUCUUUGGGGGAUCUGGUUCGUUUUCA